AAAAGCCAUAAAUUUUAUUUCUCAAGGUUACAAGCGGCAAUCAGCACUCAGCAAGGCGUUUUGCAAGGAAGAGCAUUUGAUAGCCAUUUAUUCACAUAAUAAUGUCGUCGAGAUUUAAACCUAAUGAAGGCGACUGGAUUUGCAACGAUACCAAGUGUGGAAAUGUCAACUUUUCCAGAAGGACUCAGUGUAACAAAUGUGGCAAAGACAAGAAAGAGGGAUUAAUUUUUAAAAAGGGAGGAACAGAAAUUGGAAAAGGAUUGGCAGAGAAAAGUAAAGGUUUAUUUAGUGCUGAUGAUUGGCAGUGUAAAAGUUGUGGGAAUGUUAACUGGGCCAGAAGAAUGACAUGCAAUCUAUGUAAUGCUCCUAAGUAUGGAAAAACAGAGCAAAGAACAGGAUUUGGAGGAGGUUAUAUGGAGAGGGAUGAGGUUGUUGAAUAUGUACACAGGGAUGUUGAAGAAGAUGAUUCUUUAGUUGAUGAGUUUGGUAGAAAGAAAAAGAAAAGAAAUUCUAUUGAUACCAAGGUUAUUGAACCAGAACCAAAGCAUGAAGUAAAAGAGGAGGAGGUAGAGGAGGAGGAUGAAGAAGAGGAUGAUGACGAUGAUGAGGAUGUAUCUAAAUACCAGCUAGAUUCUGAUGAGGACGAUGAUGAUGGUGGGGAUGCAAGCAAAUAUGACCUGGAAGGAAGUUCUGAUGAGGAUGGCAAGAAAAGUAAAUCUUCAUCAAGGUCAUCGUCAAGGUCAUCUAGAUCUAAAUCACGCUCAUCAUCAAGAUCAAGCUCAUCGUCUUCCUCUUCAUCAAGGUCAAGGUCUAGAUCAAGGUCAUCAUCAGUGUCAAAAAGAAAAAGAAGUGGGAAGUCCAGGUCAAGGUAACAGUAGGGUUACAUUGGUAAAGGUUAAAAGGUCAGGAUCACCCAGUCCUAAAACACGCAGACGGUCAAGAUCAAGAUCAUCUUCAUCUGAGAAAAGAAAAUCUGGAUCAAGGCGGUAGAGGUUUGGUGAUAAAAUGUGUCUUUUGAAAGGACAUAUGUUCAGCCGAUUAAUUUUCUGUCUACAUGUUUUAUUUUAAUGUUAUUCUGAGUUUAGCCUAUUGAUUUCAAUACAAAAAUAAAGUUUAAGAUAAAAUAUAUCAUUCCAUAAAAUGACAUACAAGACAAAACUUAAAUGAAAAAAUGAAAAUAAUUGAUCAAUAAAAUAAUUGGCAGAAGACCAAAGAUCAAACAAGGAAUGAUGAACUCAAAUGUGAGAUAAAUAGUUCCUGCAUGUGUUAUGGACACAAAACAAGGACAGAGAUUGGGUCAUAUUGCAAUUUAGUUUUAAAAGAUGAAGUUAAAUUUUAAUAUCUUGGUUAGCUGGUGUAAUAGUUCAGGAAAUCGAUUUUACAGUGAAAUUUUCAUGCUUCACAUUUUAGCUUCAUAAGUACAAAAAUGUACUAGGUCAAUUCUGUGGCAGUAUACACAAGUUUGAAAGUCUAAAUGUAUUUAUUAUUUGAAGAAAUAUAAGCAUGCCAUCUAUAACCAAGAAGAGCCUAUUUUCAACUUAAGUACAUUUAUAGAUGACAAGAGAAAAUCAUUAUAAUGAUAAUUUGCCAUAAGUUUAAAAUAAUUAUAACUUGUUGUUAAGGAAAAUUUCAUUUUUCUUUUUAGAUAGUAUGAUAUAGAAUUAACAGCUCAAAAUUGAAAGAACCAGUUACAUUAUUGGAGAAAAUUCAAAAUAGAAAGAACCAGUGACAUUAUUGGAGAAUAAUAUCAAAGAAGCUUUGUUGUCUUAUUGUUGAAAUGACCAGUAAUAGGUUUUAAACAACAUUGGCCAUUUUGAUAUGCAAUAAUAUUACCGGUAUCCUUUUCCUCCAUACUUAUAACUAUACUGUUUGCUUUAUUUGUGUGGGUUGUUAUAAUGUUUAAAACCAGCUUUAGAUAUCCAUUCUAAUAUUGUAACUGCAUUGACCAUUGUUUGUGAAAAGGGGGAUAAUUGUUAUAAAAAAAAAACCUACUUAUUUCCCUUUAUUUUAUUGGGUAUAAUAACAAUAUGUUGCUUGCAAUUUUCUUAAAAACCUGAAACUUUGAGCAAUAUUUUUUUCUGGCGGAAAAUGGUUGUCAUUUUAAAUGAAACCAAUAAUCUUUAAACUUACUUAAUCAGAAUGGAAAGAUUUAUAAUCAAUCUAAGUAUUUUUUUAACAGGGAAUUUUAAAACUUGUAAAAAUUGUAUAAGCAAGUUAUUUAUAACAAUGUUUAGUGAUUUGGUAUGUACAAGUUGACAUGGUAUUGAUGUUACAAUAUGAAAUUCUUGUGGAGAAUAUUUUACAUUAUAUUGUAUAUUUCACUACAUGAAUGGAGUUGUUUUUCUGAUGAAUAUAUAGUAUAAAUUCUAUUGCAUUGUAUUGAGUGAUUGCUAAAUUAUUAUGUUCAAUUAUGUGUGGUAAGAUUGAUUUAGAUAGACAGAAAUUCAUGAAAUCCUAACCUGAUCAAGAUUUAGUCAUAGGUAUGAAAUACAUAGUUGGUCUGUAACUGGCCAAUAUACUAAACUAAAUAAGUUCAAUAUCUGCAAAGCAUAGUGAAAAAGAAGUUGGAAUAAUAUAAAGUUUUCUAAAUUAAUAACACAUAAUUCUGUCGGAGAGGUGCUGGACAAAACCCAAAUCCGAACUUGAUCUGCUACUCGUUAUUGGAUUACAACUGAAUAAAAAUCAGUUACAUAUUUGAAGGAAUAGCAAGACAAUUGAAGACAAGUGAUACAUUCCAUUAAAAUAAAAUUACUAAAGGACUGACAUCAUUGUCAAGAUAUGUCAUAUAUCUUUAUUGACAGGGACAGAAAUAAUAUCAAUUUGCUGUCAACACAGAACAUAUAUUUCUUUGUCCCUAAAAAUGAAAAAACCUUUCCAUAGAUAAAAAAAAUAAGCCUUAAUGGCCAAUCAAUUUAAUAAUUUCAGGGGAUAUAAGCUGUUUCCAAAAAGUUUCACAACAAGACAUGAUCUAAAAUAAAAUAAACAUGGUGAAGUGAAAGAAAAAUACUGUCAGACACCCUUUGAUUUACUGUAAUUAAAAUAGGAAUAUAUUUACUAGAGUAUAAUUGUUUAGUAAAUUUAUUAUAAACAUUAUUGUCUGUUUAAUUAUGAUUGUUUUAUUAUAUAUUUUUGUUACAUUUGUUUAAUGAGUGACAUUUUUUACCAGUAAUAUAUAGACAUACAUAGAUUAGAGAUGUGACAUGUGUUGAGUAACUGAUCUACUUUUUAUAUUAGAGUACGUGGUUGUUUAGGUCAGACUGUUCACUGAGUGUUCAUUCCUAGAAAGAAUGGUUCAUGACAAAUAUUCUAGCUCAAGGGAUAUAGAACUAUAGCUUACUUGAAUUGUUUCAAACUUUAGAUUGAAGUUCAGAAUUGUUCAAUGAACUUUUAUUGCUGCAUUUUACUAAGUAUUAAUUUAUGUCGACAAAAGUCAUCUUACAAAGGUUAGAAAUUGUCAAAAUGCAUUUACUCUAACAUCUCUUUAGCAGAUUUUUUCUUGUUAUUGAAUUGAAGCUGUUGUGGUUAUGAAAGAAGUUAGUCUUAAAUAAUUCAAACUUUUAUUAUAUAGAUUGUGUGUAAGUGGAUUGUGUUUUGAUUAUAAUAUGAAAGUAGAUUUGGGCUCAUUUUGUUUUGUUUUUUGAGCGUUUUAUAUUUUUAGAAUAAUAUUUUUGGUGCUGCAAAAAGGUAAGUAUUGAAAAGGAUUGUUUUGAUUUUAAA